AUGACCUUUGUUUCAGCAGUGAAGUUCACCGAGGAUGCUAAACACAAAUGCAGACAAGGAUAUCAUGCACUUUCUAAAAGCAUCCAUUCCCAAAAGAAAAAAAAGAAAAGAAGAAACAAAGUAAGCAUAUUGUCAACCUUCCUCGCUCCCUUCAAGUACCUAAGUCCUGGCACCACAAACACGGAGGAUGAAGACAAUCUAAGUACCAGCAGCGCUGAAGUGAAGGAAAAUCGUAAUGUCAGCAACCUGGGGACCAGGCCCCUGCCCCCUGGGGACCGGGCCAGAGGCAGCACACCCAGCAUUAAAAGGAAAAGACCCCUGGAGGAAGGUAAUGGGGGCCAUUUCUGCAAACUCCAGCUAAUCUGGAAGAGGCUCUCGUGGUCAAUGACACCCAAGAACGCACUGGUACAGUUGCACGAGCUGAAGCCGGGCCUGCAGUACCGAAUGGUGUCUCAGACUGGGCCCGUGCAUGCCCCAGUCUUUGCCGUGGCUGUGGAAGUGAACGGGCUCACAUUUGAGGGCACAGGACCCACCAAGAAGAAAGCCAAGAUGCGGGCAGCAGAGCUGGCACUGAAGUCCUUCGUGCAGUUCCCCAACGCCUGCCAGGCCCACCUGGCCAUGGGCAACGCCACAAGCCCGUGCACAGACUUCACCUCCGACCAGGCGGACUUCCCAGACACACUCUUCAAGGAGUUCGAACCGUCCACACGGAGCCAGGACUUCCCCAGCUGUCGUCCGAUGGACACCGAGCUGCUGUCCACGGCCUACCGGCGAGGGCGACUUCUUACCACCCUGGACCUCAUGGGCCAGGCCCGGCCCGACAGACCCAGGCCGGGCCCAGGGACCCUGGGCGAGAGGAACCCGGUGGUGGUGCUGAAUGAGUUGCGCUCUGGCCUGCGGUACGUGUGCCUCUCGGAGACCGCCGAGAAGCCUCGAGCCAAGAGCUUUGUCAUGGCAGUGUGCGUGGACGGGAGGACGUUCGAAGGCUCAGGACGCAGCAAGAAGCUGGCCAAGGGCCAGGCCGCACAGGCCGCCCUGCAGGCCCUCUUUGACAUCCGGCUGCCCGGCCACACGCCCAGCAGAAGUAAAAGUAACCUAUUACCACAGGAAUUUGCUGACUCUGUGUUCCAGCUGGUCACACAGAAGUUCCGAGAGCUUACAGUUGGCCUGACAUCAGUGCACGCCCGCCACAAAGCACUGGCAGGAAUUGUCAUGACCAAAGGCUUGGAUACCAGGCAGGCACAGGUCAUCGUCCUGUCCUCGGGGACCAAGUGCAUCAGCGGUGAGCACAUCAGUGACCAGGGACUGGUGGUCAAUGACUGCCAUGCUGAGAUUGUGGCCAGGAGAGCAUUUCUUCACUUCCUCUACGCACAACUGGAACUGCACCUAAGCAAGAGGCGCGAGGACUCGGAGCGGUCCAUCUUCGUGCGUUUAAAGGAGGGAGGCUACAGACUUCGAGAAAACAUCCUCUUCCAUCUCUACGUGAGCACGUCCCCCUGCGGGGACGCCAGGCUCAACUCCCCCUACGAAAUCACCACUGACGUGAACAGCAGCAAACACAUCGUCAGGAAGUUCCGAGGGCACCUGCGCACCAAGAUUGAGUCCGGGGAGGGGACAGUCCCUGUCCGGGGCCCCAGCUCAGUACAGACAUGGGACGGCAUCCUGCUAGGGGAGCAGCUAGUCACAAUGUCCUGCACAGACAAGAUCGCCAGGUGGAAUGUCCUGGGAUUACAGGGUGCUCUCCUCUGUCACUUCAUUGAGCCUGUGUACCUCCACAGCAUCGUCGUGGGAAGCCUGCACCACACGGGCCAUCUCUCCCGGGUCAUGAGCCACAGGACGGAGGACAUCGGCCAGCUGCCCACCUCAUACCGGCACAACCAACCUCUCCUCAGUGGAGUGAGUAAUGCGGAGGCCCGGCAGCCGGGAAAGUCUCCCCACUUCAGCCUGAACUGGGUCGUGGGCAACGCGGACCUGGAGAUCAUUAAUGCCACGACCGGGAAGAGGAGCUGCGGUGGGUCGUCCCGGCUCUGCAAGCACACGUUCUCCGCCCGGUGGGCGCGGCUGUUUGGUAUGCUGAGCACACGGAUCCCAAACCAUGGAGACACGCCAUCCAUGUACUGUGAGGCCAAGCUGGGGGCUCACACCUACCAGUCCGUUAAACAGCAGCUGUUUAAGGCUUUUCAGAAAGCUGGUCUAGGCACCUGGGUGAGGAAGCCACCAGAACAAGAUCAGUUUCUACUAACUCUUUAA